UGGGACGACACCCCGGUUUUACCUAAUGAUUAUGGUAGCGGCAGCCAGGAGCCCUCUCCGGAGUGGGUGCCGAGGAAGUGGUGGUCCACAGGUAGGAGCCCUGUUCCUGGGAAAUGCCUUUCAGUGCCCAGAUUUCAGUUGUAGAGAGCCAUGUGAGACAAGGGAUGCUCUUCUAGGCAGCUGAAGCAAGGAGGCACAGCUGCCUGGAGUCAUGCUGACCCGAAGAAGGUCGUUUAUGCUGAGAGAGCAGGAAUUGCAGAAGGAGCGAGGGGCUUUGAUAGGAAAUGGGCUGCAGAGUGAUACUGGCGCCUCUUCGCGGGUGGAUCAUCCCUGGGCUUGACCGGCGCCUCGCUGCCGCCUCUGCCAUGGUGAGCGCCGCGGCGCCUGUCCGGCUCUACGCUGCGGCCGCGAAACCUGCAAACAGAAGUUCACAAAAGACCAAGCAGGAAGAGACAAAAAAGAAGCAAGUACCCAGGAGGCGGCCACUGAUGACUAAGCCUGUGGAUGAUGUCUACUUGACGUGGCAUUAUGAGCGCCCAUCCUAUGAAGUGGAAAAGGCUGUGGGGAUGCUAAAGAAAUUUCAGGAACUGGACUUCACUUACCCCAAACAGUUUGUCUAUAUUAACGUGUUCCUAGAUAUGGCACUACAGAAGAAGAAAAAAGUGGAACCAUUUACAAGCACUGUUCUUCUUCCAUAUCGCUUUUCAGAUCAAACGAAUAAGGUCUUGGUUUUCACAGAGAAUGAGCAAGAAGCAGAAGUAGCUCGAGCGAAUGGAGCUGCUGUUGUGGGAGGAGUUGAAUUAAUCAAAUGGAUUUUGGAAGAUGAAAUCCAAGUGGACUCUUACAUAGCUGUUCCCGAAAUAAUACCUAAGCUAAUACCAUUAAGGAGCAAACUCAGACGGAAAUACCCGAAUACAAAAAAAAAUUCCCUGGGCCGUGAUAUUCCCAAAAUGCUGCAACUCUACAGAGAUGGUCUUGAGUACACAGUACAAGAUGAGUGUGUAAUCAAGACAAGAAUAGCAAGACUGGAUAUGCCUACUGAGCAGAUAAUUGCGAAUCUAAAAACAGUUAUCAAUGAUAUCUGCACAUUCAAGCCAUUGGCUUAUGGUCCUUUUGUGCAGAGGUUGGUGAUUAGAUCUUCCACCAGUGAAGGUUUGCUAUUGUACCUUGAUGGCCUUCUACCUCAGGUGGAGAAAGCAGAAGAAAAAGUAGAAGAAAAAGUAGAAGAAGAAGAUGCAGAAGGUGAUGAAGAAAAACAUGUCCCGGAAUCUGCUAGUACCUGAUGUCUUUACUUGUAGAUCUGAUGGUCAAGCUUAGAAAGCAGAGGGUGUGAUUGAAAUCAUAAUUUAUGAAAAGAAAAAAAUAAACUUAACUUGAGAAUUCCACUUGUAAAUUCUGUGUAACAACAAACAUUGUCAUAAACAGGAGUCUGUUGUCAAGACUGAAGACAUUUAAAUUCUUUUUGUUGGUAGCUGAAAGCUGCCAAGUUCGUGUAUUGUGGUUUUGUUUUUUUUUUCUUUGCAGGUAACAGUUUUUACUUUAAUAAAAGUAUUUCUGUAACUUCCGAA